GCAAAAAGUUUACCUACAAAACAAUAUAAAUAAAACAACUGUCAACCGAUAUUACUGUCAACUGCUGUCUGUAUUUUGAGGAUCCGAUUUUGAUUGCCUGAAUGCCUGGUGUGGUAGUAGUGUGACUGUUGCAUCAUCAAAGCACACAGUUUUUUUCUGUUGACUCUACUCUCUAGUCUAUGCUACAUAAACAUCUCUCGACGGAAUUAUGGCCAGAAGGACCAGUGUCGUAGUUGUUGGUGCUGGUAUGGCAGGUCUUGCUGCAGCAGUGGAGCUGAUGAAAGUCAAAGUAUUUGACAUCAUCAUCUUAGAAGCGACCAACCGUGCAGGAGGGCGAAUUCACACUUCUUCUGAAUUAGGUUCUGAGGUUAUUGAAUUGGGUGCUAAUUGGAUACACGGUGAAGACAACAAUCCUAUUCACAAACUAGCUAAGGAAAAUGGAUUACUUAAGGAGUCAAGAGAGAGCAGUAGCAGCUUUUCUAGAAUUAAUAAAGACAACUCAUCUACCAAUUGUAGUACUGAUUGGACUAAAACAGCCGCUGAUAAAGGCAUCUUUAUACUAGAGAAUGGGACCGUUGUCCCACCUGAAAUCGUCAAAAAAGGUUGUAUGUGGUAUGACAAUCAAUGCGAAAGCAGCACCGAUACAGGAAGUCAUAAUGGCUGCUCCAAUGUGAGUGAAUACAUCAAGAAGAGCUUGGAGACUAACAUGGUGGAAGAGGGUAUCACAGACGAACGGGUGAAACAUCUGCAUCGGAGACUGUCCAAAUGGUGUUUGAUGCAAGAGUGCCUCGACAUGGCGUGUGAAAGCUGUAACGAUAUAUCAUUGGCGCAUUUCAACGAUUUCAAACCCUGUCAGGGAGAAUACUACACUUGCCUCGGGGAAAAGGGUUUCCAAGGAAUUGUGGAUGUUUUCUUGAACCAACUUCCUGGUGAUACUAUUCGGUAUUGCCAACCAGUGGACCAAAUACUAUGGACACACAAACCAAGUGAAGAUAACUGUGCAGGCACUACAGCAAAUGGAAAACCACGCGCAGUGGUUCGUGUCAAAGGUCAACCGGAAAUCCCAGCUGAUCAUGUGAUCAUUACAUCAUCAGUAGGAUACCUCAAGGAGAACCACCUGAGUAUGUUUCGGCCAGCGUUACCGGCGGACAAGCAGCGUGCGAUAAACACCCUCGGCUUUGGGACGGUCGAUAAAAUCUUCCUCAGAUAUGAGAAGCCAUUUUGGGAAGAUGGGCUUGAAGGGUUUCAGUUGCUAUGGGAACAUGAUUCUUGGCAUGCUGAUCCUCUAAAGGAUGAAGGAGAAAUCAUUGAUAGCGAGAGUAAUUGGAUGUGGAAAAUCCCAGGCUUUUACUCAGUAGAAGGCCAUGAUGAUGUACUAUGUGCAUGGAUUUCAGGAAAGGAAGCAGAAUACAUGGAGACUCUAUCAGAUGCUGAAGUCAUGCAAACAUGUACGGAUAUUCUACAGAAGUUCCUUCAGAGAGACGUUCCAAGCCCGGUCCAGAUUGUUGUAUCCCGUUGGGGGACCCAUCCAUACAUCAGAGGUUCAUACUGCGGUUAUUUACCAGUACAUGGUACGGGAGAUGAGUACGAUGUCAUGAGUAAUCCCAUCAUGCAGGAAUGCCAAGGAGACCUCCAGCAUCCUUUACUUAUGUUUGCUGGUGAGGCGUGUCACAAAGACUUCCAAUCUACAGUCCACGGUGCGAUGGUAUCCGGUCAGCAACAAGCAGAGAAACUCAUCCAGUUUCACCGGUCACCCAGUACGGAAUGAGCCACUGAUACGCCAAGAUGAGAGACAAUAACGCAAAAAGGGAGAGGUGCGAAUUUUAUAAUUUUUAGAGAUAACCUGAGAAAUGUUUUUGAAAUGUAGAUUCAUGCUUUGGUAAUGGGGCUGAGAGGGUAUAGUAUUGGAGGAUAAAAAUCAGUGACAGGAAAUUGACAGGAGAUUGUUUGUUAUAUUAUUUUUGAUGUCAUAUGAAUUUUGUUUAGUUUGUACUUGUUUUGUUUUGUUUGUAUUCUGGUGAGCGCUCAUCCUUUUUAAAAAUAGGACCGGACACCUUUCUUUGUCCCUACAAUAGAGAUUGUAGACUCUUUACUGUAGUUGCAUUAAUACUCAGCGCUUACAUAGCGCUUUAUCACACCCCUAGGGCCAUAUCAAAGCGCUCAGUGUUUUUUCCUGCAAGGUAU